UGGAGGAGCUGUGAUCAACAGUCUGGAAGUUUGUUCAGGUGCACUGGUGUUUUUGCUUUUGCAGGUAAUGUUUGAAGAAUGGAUGGAUAUAAUACAUCUGAGAAUUCCUCUUGUGACCCUAUACUGGCACACCACUUAACAUCGAUUUACUUCAUAGUGCUCAUUGGAGGACUGGUAGGCCUCAUUUCCAUCCUAUUCUUGCUGGUGAAAAUGAACUCACGUUCAGUGACCACCAUGGCUGUCAUCAACCUGGUGGUGGUUCAUGGGGUCUUCCUACUGACGGUGCCUUUCCGCUUGGCAUACCUCAUCAAAGGGACUUGGACGUUUGGAUUACCCUUCUGCAAAUUUGUGAGUGCCAUGUUACAUAUCCACAUGUACCUCACGUUCCUCUUCUAUGUGGUGAUACUAGUCAUCAGAUACCUCAUCUUCUUCAAGCGUAGAGACAAAGUAGAAUUCUAUAGAAAAUUACAUGCAGUUGCGGCCAGUUCUGCCAUGUGGCUUCUGGUGAUUGUUAUUGUUGUGCCCUUGGUGGUUUCUCAGUAUGGAAAUAUCGAAGAAUACAAUGAGCAACAGUGCUUUAGAUUCCAUAAAGAACUUGGCCAUGAUUCUGUGCGAGUUAUCAACUAUAUGAUAGUCAUUGUUGUCAUAGCUGUUGCGAUGAUUCUCUUGGGUUUCCAGGUCUUCAUCACAUUGUCCAUGGUGCGGAAGUUUCGCCACUCCUUACUAUCCCACCAGGAGUUCUGGGCACAACUGAAAAAUCUUUUCUUUAUAGGUAUCAUUAUUAUUUGUUUUCUUCCCUACCAGUUCUUCAGGAUUUAUUACUUGUACGUUGUGGCGCAUUCCAAGAGCUGUAAAAACAAAGUUGCAUUUUACAAUGAAAUCCUAUUGAGCACAACAGCCAUCAGCUGCUGUGAUUUGCUGCUCUUUGUCUUUGGAGGAAGCCAUUGGGUUAAGCAAAAGAUUGUCGACAUGUGGAAUUGCCUCUUAUGCCAUUAGCCAAGAUUACCAUAUUCUUUUCUUCCUGUUGGGAAUUGGAAUAAGCAAGGAGCUAAGAAUGAUUUUUCAUUGCUUCAUCGAAACCUGGC